UAACUAAUGAACAACUUUUAUUAAAGAUUUCGAGGCACAUCCCUAGUAAAGUCACGUGAUCAGCUUGCGUUUGAGAGCGCAUUUCACAGCUGCUUGUAAAUAGAGGCUGUAUAUAUAAGAUAGGUCAUAAUGAGUUUGGGUGCGCGCGCCACCAAGGGUGGUGCAAAGGGAAAGGAGGGAAAGCAGCAGGAAAAAGGGAAGCCAACAGAUAAGCAACAGCCAAAAGAAAAGGCAAAGCCACAGGCAACCACAGAACAACUCCGACUUGCUAACAUAAUUGACCGUAAAGGCGAGGAAGCUGAUGUUCGCAGAAUGGUGACAGAGCUGAUGGAGAUGACAUGCAAAUCGGAAGAAGAGGUGUGUUCCGCUCUGCAUGACACUGAUAACGACAUGGAUGCCGCUUGUAACUUGCUGUUAGAAGAGAGUCCCAGGAUACAGAGUGAAUGGCAGACCAAUGAGAAGAAGAAGAAAAAACCACCAGCCCCAUCCGGCAACGGCGAAGUGGAAGUUGUGAAGGAAGGACGCGAGCCCCGCGAUGCCAGGGAUCAAAGGGGCCGCUCUGGGCCUAGACCACGUCGUGGUGAAGGCGAAGGCAUCCGCGGCCGGGGCUCAGGUCGCGGGCGGGGAGUGGCUCGGGGAGGCCGAGGGGGAAGGGGAGGCAGACGCGGAGGAGGAAGGGGUGGAAGAGAUAGGGGGGAGAAUUCCUGGAACAACGGUGAUAAUGGUGGCAACAUGGGCGAUUCGUUCCCGACGACAGAAGACUGGGACAACGAAGAAUGGUCUGGCUCUCUAUCAGAUACAAAGGUGUUCACUCCGAGUUCCUUGGCACAGAAUGCAGCUGACGGCAACGGGGCGCCUGCGCAGGUCACGGCUAAUGAGGAUUGGGAGGUCUCAGAAUCGAAUGGUCCCACAGAGGGCCAUAUCCCCACAUACACGUAUCAUAACACCCAGCAACAUCACUCCAAUAUAAUCGAGCAACAAAUGGUGUCCGUCCCGGGUGGUGUGCCAGCGACGGGUGGUCCGGUGAACGUGCAACCAGCGCCGCCUGUUGCUGCGGAACCGGUCGAUACAUACCACCAUCAUCAGCCAAUGGGAAUGUCUGGCAGUUUGAGCGCGGCGCAGUCGCAGUACUUAUCGCAACUGACUCAUCAGGCUCAGAGGCAUGAAAACAGUGUGUACGCAAGCAACUACGGUGUGUAUGGAUCAGCUGAUAUGGCCAAUCAGAGGAAACCGCAGAGAGCAAGGGUGCCUCCACCAUCUAAGAUACCAUCGUCAGCGGUAGAAAUGCCAGGAGGUGGCGAAAGCGGUGGCGGUAUAUUCCUCGAUGUACAGUUUGGUGCUCUGGAACCUGACACCCUGGACACGCCCCAACACACGCCACAGUCACAAGUGGGCCAGCAGGUCGCCCAAGUCCAACAGGCGCCUACGGCACAUACGCCGCCACAGCCCACGCAGCCCACACAGCCCAGCGUACAGACCAUGAACGCACAGCCCGCGCAACAGCCUCACACGCCUGUGCAGCAGAGACCCAAGCAGUACGCCUCGCAGGUGACGUCACAAGCGGAGCAGCCGGUCGCGACUAGUCACGACACGGUUUCUGAGGCGUCCACACCCACAUAUCCCAAUUCUAAUGCUAUGUUAAACGAAAGUCUAAAUGCUGUGGAUUCAACAAACAUAAGUCAGCCGACCACUGCCGAACCUGUCGUAUCCAAUGCUACAUCCAUAGAAAAGCUGUCAGCGUCUCUAGCUGCGGCGGUGGUAGCGGACACUAGUGCGAAUAGCGCAGCGCAGUCUAUGCAUCACCAGCAUCAGCACUAUGCGCAUCACAACCAUCGGACGAAGCCGGCGACGGGAGCUGCAACCGUAUAUCCAAGUGGCGGUGUAUCGCAUCAUCCGCCUCUAUAUGGCUCAGCGUUAUAUGCGCCACAGGUUAACUCAAGCUCAGGAUCUCUAGCGGGAGCGGUAGCAGGCGCUGGCGUGGCGGGCGUUGCGGCGGGUGUGGGAGCGUCUCAUGCGGCGCCUAUCAACCCUGCUCCAUAUCCGUCUAGUGUCACACUUACUACUUACCAGCCAAUAAUGAACUCCUAUCAGCAAACGUCCUCAUCUGCGGGAGUAUAUGGUGGAAGUGCUCUGUAUACUGCAGCGCCUUACACGCCUUACCAACCGUCGCAAUUGCCGGCCAAACAUAAGGAACAAACACAGUACGACAACUCAGUUGCGUCAAGUAACAGUUUAACGAACGCGUCAACGACGCAACAGACGUCCACGGCCAAAGUUGUUACAACUACGGCAAGUGCAGCAGUGAACAGUGGCGUGUCGUCGACAUCAGGCAGCAGUGCGGGCGCAGGUGCAGGCGCCGGCUACGCGGGCGGAGCCUUAUACGGAGGUGCCUAUUACGACGAACAACUCUGCCGGGGCACGCUGCCACAUCAUAUGGGUGGAUACUACGAAGUCGGUUAUGGCGGUCGGGAUGGCAGUACUUUUGGUUUAGGCGCUGCCGAAAGAUUCCCAAGAACUGAUGCUGCCUCACCACAGCAGGUUCCAGCGGCGUUACCGCCAGGUUACGCAUACUUCUAUCAGCCUCCACCUACAACCUACCAGUAUGGAGUCUACCCAACAUACGGCGGUGGAUCAAACGUGGGUGGCGUAGGAGGCGUGGGCGGUGUGGGUGGCGUGGGCGUGUCCACGGGCGGCAAAGUGUCAGCUUACUCGCAACAGCAGCAGCCGCCCUACGAUGCGCAGGACACCUACAAACCAGGCGGUCCAUACACAGGCAACGCAAACAAGACGGCGGCAGGUGCCAGCGCUGAUUUAACUAACGCGAUGUACGGCAAGGCGCAUGUCACACUAAACAAGGUCAAUACAUACGAGAAGGCUGGCUUCCACAGCGGUACGCCUCCGCCAUUUGGCGCCGCCUCGCAUCUCUACAUCGCGCCGCCGCACCACCACCCACACCACCAUCCGCAACACCAGAUGGAUGUACGGGUGAACAGUAGUCAUACUAGGCGGGAAAGCGGCACUGGAGGUCGCGCAGCGGGCGGGAAAACAUCCGGAAGUAAGCCAACAUACUCGCAAUCCUACUGGGCGCCCAACUAGACCAUGAGGCGUUAAGCAACGGUCAUUCGACACAUGUACAUAGGGCGCCAGCCAUACAUUCAGUCAAUUGACACAACGCGUUCAGCUACACUUGUGUUCGCGUAACAUUAGCGUCGUCACACAUACACAUGUGUUUUACGAACACGCGGCCUUAUUUACUUGUCAAAAAAUUUCGAUUUUAUUCCGCGCCAUUUUAAUUAUUUUUAGUGUUUGAACUAAAGGUCUUAUCAUCUAGCUUUAUUAGCCACGUCUUCGUAAAACUACUUGUUUUCUAUAUAUUUUACGCUUGUGCGUUUUUAAGUUGUUUUUUAUGCGUUCUCGGACAGACCAGCGCGCGGUGGUAUUUAGAAUAAUUUUAUUUCAUCAUGUUGUAAAUUGUACGUUGUGAUUAAUUCGGCACGCCGCAGUGUGUAUGAUAUUGUCUGUUCGUGAAUGCUGUUUUGGUAAUGUUCCGCUCGUUUGCGCGAUAUCUGCUUACGCGUGAUACAAGUGUUGUCGCGUGGGUCCAUUUGUAACGUAACAGAUGCCUUCGUGUAUUAAACUGUAUAACUGAUAUUGUAAAAUAAAUAUGAAAGGAAAUUGAAUGAAAAAUGCUAUGUAAUUAAAAUUUGUUUUUUUUUUCGUUAAAAAUUCCUAGUGUAUUAGCGCCGGAGCGUUGCGUUUUUAUCCUAUAUUAGCGUUGAAACGCGAGAUUAGAUUAGGUUUAGUGUUUAAUUUCAGAUUUUCGUGGUGUAACGCACUGCGACGCGACGCGACGGCGCGAUUCUCAUUUACGCUAAGUCUGCUCCCAUAGGUUACAAUUUUGUUUAAUAAAUUAACGGUAGUGCUAUGUAUAUGUUAUCUCUAUAAAAUAUGUAUAUGUGUAAGAGUUUGGUGCGCUAUGCGCGCCGAAUAUUUUGUAUUUAGUUGACAGACUUUUUGUAAUUACAUAUAAUAAUAAUUGUAUUAAAAAAGUAAAGUGUCGUAGGUGAUUAAUUAUUGUAAUGUAACAUUACCGUAAAAUAGUCGAGGUCUUUUUUAUUGUGAAGAAUGCUGUUGAUCUCGUGGGCAUUUGAGUGUGAGGGAAAUACACAUAUUGGAACAACA